CGCUCCAGCUUCAGUCCUUGCGAAAGUAACGAGAUGAGGUGACCAUUUUGUCUAAGGGCAACAAGUCACAGGAAAGCUGCCAAUCAGGAGUCGAUUAAGAAAAACGUCAACUAUCGCGAAGGUUGGAGGCCGGCCUCUAGCGGGAGGGAAAGAUAGGGCUGCAGCUGAAAGCCACUCUGGAAAAUGUUACAAACCUCAGGCCGGUGGGGUAAGAUUUUCGCUGGUACCUGAAGCUGAAAUGUGGAAACUGUGGUGAGAUUUCUGAAAAAUGGCAAUACCUGCGAUUAAUGGACAGUGCUCCUCUUAAGGGAGGCAGAGGGAGUGCCACGAUGGUGCAGAAAUGCAAGCUGUGCUCCAGAGAAAAUUCCAUUGAUAUCUUAAGAGACACUAUCAAGCCUUAUAAUGCUGAAGACAGUGAGAAGUUUAAGACCAUAGUGGAAUUUGAGUGCCGAGGUCUUGAGCCAGUUGACUUUCAACCACAGGCUGGGUUUGCUGCUGAAGGUGCAGAGUCUGGCACGCCUUUUAGUGAAAUAAACUUGCUGGAAAAGGACUGGAAUGACUAUGAUGAAAAAAUAAAGGAGUCUGUUGGAAUCUAUGAAGUUACCCAUAAGUUUCUAAAAUGCUAAAACUGCUUUUAAUAAAAUCUUGACACCUUG